AUGUCGGCGCCGGGCGCGGAUGCGGACGCAACUGACAGCGGACUCUUGUGUGAUAAUGGAGUGAUGUGCGAGCUGCAAGGAGCUCUGGUUGAAGAGUUGUAUUAUCCGUCUGUUUUUGGCAUCCCUGUAUCAGAGGUGGGAGGAGGAGCUCAUAAAGCUUCAUCUUUUGCAGAGGAGAAAAGAGAUCCUUUUGUGGUGACCUUGGCAAAAUAG